AUGAGAACCUCUAUCUGGUCUGCCAUCCUGAUGGCCGGGUCUGUCAUGGCCCAAGGCGACAUUGUUAAGCUUCUUCAGAGCCAGCCUGACCUCUCUACACUCCUAGAGCUUGCAAGCUUGAUUGACGGACUCCCUGCCAAGCUCUCUGGCUCGACAAACAUCACCAUAUUCGCCCCCACCAACGAGGCCUUCGCGAAGGUGCCUCGCGACAUCCCCGAGGGCGAGGCCAUCGAGUACAAGAACAACACGAUCGCCAUUGGCGCCCUCUUGGCCAACCAUGUCUUCAAAGGAAUAUACCCGGCGUCAGCUGCCUCCGAUACCCCCAUCUUUGUUCAGAGUCUGCUUGAUGAUACCUACGUCGACUUCCGCCAGCCGUUCUCCAACUUUACUGGCGGCCAAUACAAUGGUAUUGUGCGUGAUGGAAACAAUGUGUGCGUCCUCUCUGGAGAGCUCGGUGUCUCAAAGGUUGUCGAGGCGGACAUCAAACUCGGCGACGGCAUCACGAUCCACAAGAUUGACACCAUCAUCUCCUUUGGCGCACCGCUGCAGCUCUUCACCUACCGGGCGGGCUACACAAACCUCAACGGCGCACUGAAUGCCGCAAACCUGGACAUCGAUUUCGGCCUUACCGGCGACGACACGACACUGCUCAACAUCAGCGACUUCACCGUCUUCGUGCCCAACAACGAGGCAUUCGAGCGCAUCGGCUCGGUCCUCGAGUCCGCCGACGAGGCGACCGUUCAGGAGGUCCUGAAGUACCACCUCGUCCCCAAGAAUGUCCUGUUCUCGACAGAGCUGGGCAACACGACCGUCAAGACGCUCCAAGGCGCCGAGCUGACCGUCUCCGUCUUCCCCGACGGCACGGCGUUUGUGAACGGCGCCAAGAUUGUGUUUACCAACAACAUCUUGUGGAAUGCCGUUGCCCAUGUCAUCGACAACGUUAUCGCUCCUGGCCCAUUCGACCGCGCGACUCUGGACCCUUCCUCUCCUCCAGAGUCCCGCCUCGCCUUUCCCCGUGCGACCAAGAUCGACCACCUGCCCUUCGGCUCCGUCUCGUUCCUCGGCGACACGAUGACCUACAGCACCACCCCGGUGCUCCUUCAGACCCUUGCUGCCGUGCCAACCAGCACUGGUGGUGCC